CGCGCGCUUGCGCGGUGAAUGUGAGCCGGCCUGAUGUGCAUAGGUCAAGUACAAGCCAAAAGCUGAGAUCAGAGUAGAAGACAACAAAACAGAUCCGAGGGAUGUUGCAGCAGACAGCAAUUCUGCUCAUAGUAGCUGCUGCAGUUUGUACAGCUCAUUUUAAAGGUCUGGGAUACAUUCCAAACGUUGGCAAUGUAGCAAUAGGUAGAGACAUAACUUCCACGUCUACAUGUGGAGCGACUGGCCCCGAGCAAUACUGCACACAGGACACAGCUAAAGAGAGAGAGGAGUGCAGCACAUGUGACAAUGACCAUUUCUCUCACCCUCCUUCACUAAUGACUGAUGCUGGUGACUCUGUCCACUACCCAUCAAACAGGACUUGGUGGCAGUCCCAAACUAAUACUUCAAACGUGCAGAUACAACUUGAUUUCGGAGGAACGUUCUUUUUUAGUCAUGUUAUUAUUUCGUUUAAAUCCCGUCGGCCUGCUGCCAUGAUAUUGUACAAAUCAGCAGAUGAUGGUAACUCGUUUCAAAAACUUCAUUACUAUGCAGCUGAUUGUGGAAGAGAGUUUGGGACACCCAGCGAUGCACCUUGUACUUCUGAAUAUUCUAAUCCAUUCCCUGGUGAAGUUUUGUAUCAGACAGAUAGUACUAACAGUAAUUUAUCUGAUCCAGACUCUCUAAAGAGUUUACUAAUAACUAAUCUUAGAUUAGAAUUAUUAAAGUUUCACCCAUUCACAGGAAUUGACGAUGACGUUCAAAAUCCUCAAAUAGCUGUCAGACAGUUUUAUGCCAUUUAUAAUAUUGAGGUCUUAGGAUGGUGUUUCUGUAAUGGGCUUGAGAAUAACUGCAGUUUCAGUAAUAAAGAGCUUACAAUACCUGGAAUGGUUCCCUCCCAGUGUUCCUGUGGUAACAAUACAACUGGUAACAAUUGCCAAGAGUGCUUAUCAUUAUACAACGAUUCACCAUGGAGGAGUGGCUUCAGUGAGAUCUACAGAGGCUGCCCUGAUAAAUGCAAUUGCAGCAAUAAAAGUGAUGCGUGUCUCUAUGAUGCUGAUAGAAGCGGGGGAGUUUGUGUUAAUUGUACUGAUAAUGCAUCAGGUACAAACUGUGAGGAUUGUGGCAUUGGAUACUAUAAUAAUGGUGGAUCAUGCACUGCUUGUGAUUGCAGUGAAGAAGGUACAGUCCCAAACAGUGUUUGUUCAAGGGAGACAGGCGAGUGCGUCUGUCGUGAUAAUGUUGAGGGGAGCAGGUGUCAAACUUGUAAAAAUGGAUUUUUUAAUCUAUCGUCUUCUAAUCCUUCUGGCUGUCAAGCUUGUUCUUGUCCUUCUUCAUCUAACUGUGAGAGCCACACUGGUCGCUGUCCCUGCUCCACAAACGACACCAGCUGCUGUCCUUUUGAUCAAUACUCCAAUGGGACCCACUGUAUCUCCUGUUCUUGCAGUAUCACUGGUUCAUAUCAAGUGUGUACAGAGGAUGGUCAGUGUGUUUGUAAGCCAGGGGUAGGGGGAAGAAAUUGUGACACCUGUCUAUCUGGUUAUCACUCUCUCUCCUCUAAUGGAUGUCAGUCAUGUUCAUGUAAUUCAUACGGUAGCAUUAAUCCAUCAACAUGUGAUCCCGAAACAGGAAAAUGUACUUGUUUAUCUGGCGUUGAGGGAGAUCGCUGUGACCGUUGUCCCCCUCGUACCCUCGGGCCUGUUAAAGGCGGAGCUUUAACAUGCAUACCGUGUUUUUGUAAUGGGUACUCUAGUGUCUGUAGAUCCAGUAGGGGUUGGUACUGGUCUGAGGUUUCAAGUCGGUUUGAGAAUGAGUCUAUUUCAAGUGACUGGCUAGCAAGGAAUACUCAUGCAGCAAUAGUUAAUGGAAGCUUCAUAGCAAGAACGAGUGGACAUCGGUUAAGAGUUGAUUUUCCUUCGUCUUUUCUGUCGGACAAGAGAACAUCAUACGGUCAAUAUCUCUCACUCAAUGCCUCCCUCCCCACUUCUUCAGGGAAUAAGUUUAGCCUCGAGAUAUUCACAAUGAUCAAUCAUUUACCAUCAACACUUAAGAGAUCACUUGAUGCCAGUUCAACUAACCACAAGAUACCAUUAAUAGCCAGUGGAUUCAUGCAACGUUAUUUCUAUUUUAUGCCAGCAACUGAAACUGCUGUCCAUAAAACACUUGCUAAUAUAAUAUGGAUGAGACUUGAAGUAGAAUUUGGAGAGGAUGUACCAGUUGGUGAACGUCACUUAACCUUAUCUCAAGUAGCCUUGCCUUAUGCUACUAAUGAUCUCUCUUCUUCUCAUCUCCUCUCUCCAUUAUUACCAGCAACGGUAGCUGAGGACUGCUCCUGCCCUCGCUCAAGAACUGGCUCAGUCUGUGAUCGUUGCUCUAACGGAUACUCACUCGAUCCUGCAAGAGGAGGAGAGUUUGCUAAGUGCGUACGCUGCUAUUGUCAUGGACUAGCUGAUACUUGUGAUCCUGUGGACAACACGUGUAUAAACUGUAGAAACAACACCAGCGGAACUCACUGCACUGAAUGUGUUGAGGGCUUCUAUUGGGAUCUCAAUUCUGGUACCUGUAAACCUUGUGCAUGUCCAGGUGGGAUAUACUCCACACAGUGGUUUGCUCGUAGUUGUAGGAGAGCAGUCAGUGGAGUCGGUUUUGAAUGUCUGAACUGCAAGGAAGGAUUCAAGGGCGAGAGAUGCCAGGAAUGUCAAGAUGGCUACACUGGUAAUCCACUCUAUCAAAAUGGCACUUGUCGCCUUUGCCAGUGUACUAAUAAUUCGGCCGGAGGCAUCAAUACCUGCGACCCUAUUACUGCCCGGUGUAGCUGUGACGAUGGAUACACUGGAAUAGAAUGUGAAUUUUGUCAGUUUGGUUAUUUUGGUAAUGCACCAGCUCACGACUGUAAAGAGUGCGACUGUCAUCCAGAAGGCAGUAUUUCAAGAUUGUGUGGCAUUAUUAGUGGUCAGUGCACAUGUAGAUCUCCUAACAUUUUAGGCAGAGAGUGCAAUGAGUGUGCCAGUGGGUAUUGGAAUAUUAGUGCUAGCUGUAGUGAAUGUAACUGCUCUAUAACUGGAACCCUGUCUAACUCAACUGGAGACUGUCAUAAGGUUAGUGGACAGUGUCAAUGCAAAGAGGGCUACAUGGGUCGCUCUUGCUCUGAAUGCAGUGAUGGCUAUUGGAAUAACAAUGGAAUGUGCAUUGAUUGUGGUUGUAACACUGCUUCCACUGUACCUCCUAUAUGUAAUAAGACAACUGGUCAAUGCUUAUGUCUGCCAGGAGUUACUGGGUCAAAGUGUAGCGAAUGCCGUUCCUCUGGUAACACUGGGAUACUUCCAUUCUGUGAAUUAUGUGAUGAAUGUUCUAACAGAUGGAUAAGCCCAAUUAAUGAUCUAGAGAAUUCUACAGCGGCAGCAAUAGAGAGAGCAGAAUCUCUCACUGUUACUAAUGUCACUCAUACUGAGGUAAACGAAGGGAGAGAAUUGGUCCAGCCAUUAUUAGUGUUACUAAGUGAAAUAGAGAAUCUGCUUAACUCGACUGAUUUUAAAUCUCUCUUGAUCCAAACGAAUGAAACACACGUCAACGUAAUCAACAUCAUCUCGAGACUUAGAAGUCUAUUUGAAAGAGCUGAGAUGGCCAAUGAAAUGUUACAAGUUGAUAAUUCAAGUUUUACAGUGCAGAGAGAGCAAGUGAUGAAUAUUCAUAAAGAGCUAGUUGAACUCUGCGAGUUAUUAAACAACCUGACAAGAGAGAAAGAUGGUAUUGAGUUACGCUCCUUUGAUCAGUAUGUGAACAGGAUUAAUCAAGCACUGUCAUCAUCAAAUCAAUCCAGUAGCACUGUCAAUACAACUGUAGCAGCAUUGCUAAACGAAGCAAGAGAACAAAUAAAUGAGUUUAUAACAAAAGAAAUGCUAUUCCUUAAUAUAAGUGAAGAAGUCAUUGGUCUACUUGAUAUCCUAAAGAUACGGCUCUCUCAGUACCAAGAUUUCAUAUACAGAGCUGAUAAGAGUCUCUGUGGUCGAGUGGCAGUUCUUCCACUUAAAGACAGCGUGGAAUGUGGCUGCUACGAUAGCAAUUCCUGUGAGGCAGAGUGUGGUGGAAUAGGGUGUACUGUAUGCGGAGUAGGAGAUUGCAAUAGUACAGUUAACAAUGUUCAGUUAGCUAUUAAUGUAAGCACUGAAGCAUUGGAGAGAGCAAGAAGAUUAAAGAGUCUCAUAGAACAAGAUCUUCAGUUGUUACUAGAAGCUAAUGCAAGCAGCUCGCAAGGAUUAGUGCUAUCAACAAGGACUUUAGAGCUAGCACAGAAAGAGUUGAGAAACAUUAGCCACUUGUUAGUCUCCAUUCAAUCAUUCACUGUAGAUAUUAGGACUGCAAUUAAUGCUAGUCUGCCAAAUAUCAGUGCCAUUGAGACCCUAAUGAAUGAGACACUUUCACUUCGAAUGAGCAAGACACCUGAAGAAGUAUUGGAGUUACUUCGAAGUAUCAAUGAGACUAUUAACAAGUAUCCAGAUACAGGAGGUGAAGAUGACCUGCAAACAAGAGCAGAAGUAGCUUUAAACAACACACUACUAGCAAAUUUAACUCUCCAUUUUGUAUUGGAUAGUGUCUCGUUGCUCUCAAAGUCAUUGGAUGAGUUGGUGGCAAUGAGAGAUCAUGUUAAGAGUAGACUCAAUCAAACAAAGAAGAACAUGAUCACUUUAAGAGCCACAAUGAAUGAGACAACUUCUCUGCUCAUUAUAAUUGAAAGAAACAUCAAUUCAUUGCACGAGAGAAUAAGAGCACUCAAUCAGUCAUUUCAAGAUACUAAAAACGUUUUUGAGAUUAACAGUCGUAACUUGACUCGGCUACAAACCCUGUCAAACGAGACGUCAAAACAGGUUCUGCAAUUGAACAAAACUCAAACUCAGAUUGACGCAAAUGUUUCAAGACUCGUUAAUAUAACAUCGCAGAGACUCUCCCGUGCUAAUGAAGAUCUAUCAAGAGCAGAAAGACUGAGAGAAAGAAUGAAAAGCUUAAGAAUGAAAGCACACGAUCAGCUACUGGAGAGCAGAAGGUUGCAGAAUCGCAAGACUUGUAUAUUAAAAGAGCAAGAGAAGAUAAGAGAUGAUAUAAAGAGAGUCUCGGCCGAACUGGAGACCCUCCAUAGAGACAUAAGGACUGAAAUAGGCCGUAACACUAUAUGCAUGAAAAAAUUGAUCACUGGGAAAAAAUAAAAAUAAUAGUUACUAUGAUACAAAAAACAAAUUAUUGGUACACAACUGUUAGUCAAAUUAACAGUAAAACUAA